UUCACCUACCAGAUAGGGGGAGUCAAAGCUAAAACAUGGGAAUGUCUUGUGAUGUUCUGUGAUCAGUAUCACUGAGCGCGUUUAUCCCGAAAGGGACAGAUUAAAUAAAAGACUCUUUCUCGGGAUGUGCGCGAUAGAGUUAACAGAGCAAUCUUUAAAGGGCAAACGUGACACGCGGAGCCACUAUUUCCCCCUCAGUGCAAGAAAAUGAUCAAGUCAAUCAUGUGGACAUGCUUCAUUAUUCAUUGAACACAAUCUUUUACAACGCUUCAUUUACGUGCAGGAGUUUCUUCUAGGCUUUGCUGUUAAAAUUAAGUAUUGUGUUGAAGCGUUACUGUACAUCAUCGCAUUAACCUUCAUCUCCUUAGCCUCUUACACUACAUCUCAUGAAACUUGUCGUGCCCAAAGGCGAAGUCAUACGGAGGGGGCCGUGCAUGAUUGUUAAGGUUACCUGCUAAGACACAGUACCAUUGAGUUGUGGAACGAUCUAGGAUUUGAGUCUUGGCAUAAUCACUAUCAGAACUGUUCUAUUGUUGGCUGGCAAGACAUAUAAUUCAACUACGGGAAGUGGAACACCCCUCUCAACAACCUUUCAGUGCAAAGCUCAGCUAUUAAACUCAGUGGUGUUUGCCAACUAGCCAAACAGUCCUAAAACAAGUAUGCAGUUCAUUUACUAAGGAAUGGAGGAAGCAAGUUUGUGCCUUGGUGUAUCUUCAGCAGUGCCUGAAGCUGAUGUCCCACUCAGCAAACCAGUAUUGAACGGCCAGUAUCCAAUAACCCAGAAGCUGCAUCAGUUGACAACUCAACUGGGACAUGCCUUUCCAGAACUCCAGACCAGACAGACCCCUGAGGACAAAGCAGCAAUAUCAUUGGAUGAAAAGCAUCAUGUGACUGCAGCCAACCAGCCAAUUAACAGCCAAAUGACCAUGCCGGCAAAUCAGCUGAAUACAGACAUUGACAGUAACUUGGGUCUGAAUGGGAGAGUUGACUUACAGCAUUUCUUAAAUGGACAGAACCUUGGCAUAAUUUCACAGAUAAAUGGCACAGAAGAUGAUGCAAAAAAAUCCAGAAAGUACCCAUGCCCCAUUUGUGGUAAGCGCUUUCGUUUUAACAGCAUUUUGUCACUCCACAUGCGCACUCACACUGGAGAAAAACCAUUCAAAUGUCCUUACUGUGAUCACAGAGCAGCUCAGAAAGGUAACUUGAAGAUUCAUCUUCGGACUCACAAACUUGGGAAUCUUGGAAAAGGUCGUGGGAGGGUCAGAGAAGAAAACAGGCUUCUGCAUGAGCUCGAAGAAAGGGCUAUCCUGAGGGAUAAACAGAUGAAAAGUGGCUUAGGCCAGCCAAGAGCUGAUGGGAAGCAGCAUCAAGCUGUUGUUAACCCCAGCAACUUGCCUUUACCAGCCAGUCAGAGUGGUUCUGAUGUUUCUAAUACAAUAUGUAUUCCCAAGCCUACAGGUGCACAGGAAGAACCAGCAGCUGCUAUUGUGGGAUUCAGGUGCACAUUUUGCAAGGGGAAGUUUAAGAAACGUGAGGAGUUAGACCGCCAUAUUCGGAUACUCCACAAACCUUACAAGUGCACCCUUUGUGAAUUUGCUGCCUCUCAAGAGGAAGACCUGAUCAGUCAUGUGGAGAAAGCACACAUAACUGCUGAAUCAGUACCAGGUCAAGGGUCGAGUGGAAACGGAGAGCAACCCAGUAAUGAAUUCCGCUGUGAAGUCUGUGGUCAGAUCUUUAGCCAGGCCUGGUUCCUGAAAGGUCACAUGAGAAAGCACAAGGAUUCUUUUGAACAUAGCUGUCAGAUUUGUGGACGACGAUUCAAGGAGCCCUGGUUUCUCAAAAACCACAUGAAGGUGCAUCUUAACAAAUUGGCUGUAAAGAACACAACUCAGAGUGAUCCAGAGGUGCCUGUGACUCUAAAUAAUAUGGUGCAAGAUUCCCACUCCAAUGUCUAUUCAGCAUACGUGUCUUGUUUACAGAGUGGUUUUUUAUCGCCUGAUAAACUGAGCUUGAAUGAACAAAGCCAACUUCAUUAUAAUAAAGCAGAAAUUGCACGGAAGGAAAAAGAAAUGCUUGGAAAGCUAUUAGUACCUGUGAGUAGCACAACCCGUGGUGUGGUGGAAGGAGAAAAACGUUCCUUACUGGGAUGUCUGUCACUGGCACCUCCUUUAAAGGCUAGCUGCAUGGAGCGUUUGCAGGCAGUAGCCCGGGUGGCAGAGUUUGAUCCAGUAAACAGCUACCAGGCCUGGCAGCUGGUGACAAGAGGAAUGGCAAUGGAGCAGGCAGUGCUGCCAAAGAAGCACCUGCACCCUGGUCAGGAAGAAAAUCUGACCAGUGCCAGUGUAAACUUUGACAAGGAGAAAGGAGAAUUUAUUUCUGUGUCUGGAGAAAAAUCAAAGCAAAAACUAGAUGGUGACCUGAUUCAAAGCACCAGAAGAAGUAACCUGAAUGAAGUUCUGGGUAAAGAUGAUUUAAUGGGAAGCAGGGAAUUUAUGACACAAGGAAUGAAUCAAGGUCUGGAAUAUAAAAUUUCUGGAUUAGGACAGAACCAUGGAAAUAUGAAAGAAAAACCAACUGAAUGCCCAGACUGUGGCAGAGUAUUUCGAACCUAUCAUCAAGUUGUUGUGCAUUCCAGGGUGCAUAAGAAGGCAAGGAAACCCGGAGAUGAAGCUGUCCAGGUUGCUUUGGAUGAGCGACGUGGAUCUGGAAGUGACCAAGAUUCCCAAUCAGUUAGCAGGUCAACUACACCAGGAUCAUCCAACAUAACUGAGGAUAACACAACUGCAGGUGGCUUCUCCAUAACUGGAAAUACACAAGAAGAUAGUCCAAACCCAUCUUCUCCUUCUUCAUCAGAUGUAGGAGAGGAAGUGGGAAGGCCUGCAGGAAUACAACUGCCUUCUUUACUGAGAGAUCGAGUCCCUGGAUCAACCACGAGGGAUUGUCCUUACUGUGGGAAAUCGUUCAGAACAUCCCAUCAUCUGAAAGUUCACCUGCGAAUACAUACAGGAGAAAAGCCGUACAAGUGCCCUCAUUGUGACUACGCAGGAACCCAAUCAGCAUCCCUGAAGUAUCACUUAGAACGCCAUCACCGGGAGCGGCAGAAUGGAACAAGUCCUUUGUCGGGUCAGUCUCACAUACAUCAAGAACAUUCUGAAGAGACAGCAAACAAAAGCCAGGUUUUUAUCAGACCAGAGAUACUGAGAGGAGUAUCAAAAAGUGUGCCAGGAACUGACCUUAGGAGUGGCCUGGUCCCUCAGCAGUGGCCUAUGGGAGUUCUUCCAUCUGCAGAAUGCCAUGGACUUGGAUCUGGUGUCACAACAGAGCAUCAUUCUGAAAAUUUGAAAACUACUUCUGAAGUAUGUAGUGAAGAAACUCCCAGUCUUUCUGAUCUGAGCAGAGCUUUCCAGAGCCUAGCCGGAAAUGGAGUCAAUUUUCAAGGGUCUUUGCAAGCUUUUAUUGAUACUUUUGGACUGAGAUCUUUGGAGAAAGAAAAAGAAAUGAUGGAAAGAGUCUAUAAUGAAACCACAAGUACAAAACAGGCUAGCUCAAAACCAACACUUGAGAAACAUACAAAGAAUGUAGGUUCGGAUGAUUGUGAAGGAAGGGCUGAAGGUCAACCAUCCGCAGGAAAAGCAGUUAUCAAAUCUAGAUCAACUGCAGAAAAAUCCCAGUUUGAACCAUUGGAUCUAUCUGUGAGACCUCCUUCACGUGAUUCUGCCUCAGUCCCCGGUGCAACCAUUACCAUUCAGGAUAAUAUUACUUGGCAUGGGUGUCUAUUCUGUUCUUUCACAACUUCAUCAAUGGAAUUAAUGGUGCUUCAUCUUCAAGCAAAUCACCUGGGAAAAUCAAAACGGAAGGAAAAUCUUUUAGGAAUUGCUGGAAAUGGAAAUGAUCUUCAAGGUGAGCCUUCAUCUGUUGCAAAAAAAACCUGUCUGCCAGUUUCUUCUGUUGUUAAUAAGCAAGAUGUGAUAGCUGCAAAGCCACUUGACAAGGCUGAUUCCUCCACUGAUAAGAUUUCACAACAUAGCCAAUCUAGUGAUUCUUUGGGAGACCACAAGAAGCCUUUUGUUAACACCUUGGACUCCAGCCUAAGUUCUCUAGUCACAGAUUUUUACAAACAGUUCAAUAAAUAUUCAAAUGUUGGUGGUCCAGGAACACCUAUCUUGAGUACAGCUCAUGAAUCUGAAAUGAAAUGUCCAUCUGCCAAUAAACUGAACCUUGUUUCACCAGGAGCCGCAAGCAUGAGUCCUUCCGGUGAAGUCAGUAAUCAACCAUGCAGUGAUGACACAGGGUCUGUAAGUGAUCAACAUGUGGAUGAUCAAGAUGCAUUAGCAGACAUAAACCAACCGUUAACGUCUGAUGAAGAAAGUUCUGACGAGGAAGAUCCGAUCCAUAGUGCAGCUCUUUCACAAGGAUCACAGAACCUUCUGAGCUCCAUGGGUAAACCUCAAGGUGGACCUUGGCACAAUUUAAAUUUUCUGCCAUCUCAUGAUAUUCCACCAGGACUGGUCAAACAGGAGCAUGUCCAUGACCACCAGCUUCUGGACCAGCAGAUGAACAUGCUCUCUGUUCUGAGAGCUUACAGCACAGACAACAUGGCAGCUUUCAAUGGUAUUGGAAAUAGUUCAGUCAGCGGCAGCAGCACUAAGAGAUCAGAUUUAUCAGGUUAAAGACCCCUGUGCUGAACAAUUUCCUGGGCCCCUGGACAGGACGCAGCUCCUGCAAUGACAGUUUUUGAAUUUAGAAACUACAGACAAGCAUGUCACUGCAAAGAGCUCUGUGACUCAGUAGGAAAAUGAAAAUUGAGUGCAACAUCACUGUCUUCUAAUUAAAUGGCAAAUACAAAACUGAAGCCUGGACAAUGCCUGCUAUCAGUUAGAUGAUAAUAGCUUGUAAUUUGUGGUUAACAGCAAAAUGGCGAACCAAUAAUGCUUGCCAUUGACCUCCAAAGAAAGCUACACAAACAGAUCUAGCACUCUGUGUGACAAGAACUAUACCUUUCUGUUGAUGUGCAGUUGCUUAUAGCUGAGUUUAAUCGGAAUUCUGAACUUGGAACGGCAGUGAUGUCAUUAAAGCUGUACAAGGAGCCAAUCACAUUAAGGAUUUUUCACAGUUAACCAACUGGGAACUGCAAAGCACUAAUACUCAAACACACGUAUUUAUACAUUUUACAAAUAGCAAAAAUAAAGAUUGGGACAUACAAGCUGAGUUAGAAUUAAAUGCCAACAAGUUUGGAAACAUGCCUUUUGGUCCAACAAGUUCAUAAUGACCCUUCAAAGAAUAUCUCACCCAGACUCUACCCCUUACCUGAUAACCCUGCAUUUCUCAUGGCUAAUCCAACUGACCUGCAUGUUUUUUGGACUAUGGCAGGAAACCAGAGCACCCAGUGGAAACGGUGAGAAUAUGCAAACUCCAAACAGACAGUCCCCCAAGGGAGGAAUUGAACCCAGUUUCUCUGGUCUGUGAGGCAGUGGUGCUUACCAAUGAGCCACUGUGCAGCCCCAAGUUAAGUCAAUAAUUGAAAUAGCAUGAACAGACUUUAAAAUUAAAACAAAAAUAGGUUCUAAAACUUAAGUAAAAAUUAAUAGAAGAGACAAUUAACAACAUUCCAUAAUUUUUUUCAGGGUCAGAUCAGUUGCUCAGCAGUAUUUAUUGGUCAGAUUACUGUUUUAAGAAAUGCACCUCAUUGAGCAAAGCUUAACUUUCUAACAUUUUCUAACAAGAGUUUGUCACAUUUAUAACAGAGCCAAAAGGGGAAUGUUUUCACUAGAUCAGUUGAUUUCACUGAUAGUCAGUUCUGGAUCAGGUUAGGGGGUGGUGUUUGAAUGGCAAAUGACAGAUGCCAAUUUCAGGAUUUUCACAUUCGUUUACACUUGUACUUAUUCCUACUAUCAUGGUCAGACUCUGAGGUGUAAAUAUGGUGAACCCUGCUAGCUUGCCAUCACAAACCCUGCAAUUUCUGGUCCUUUGUUAAAUUUAAUUUAUAUUUUUGUAACAUUUGCAGUCCAACUGAGUCACAAAGCUAAAACCUAUACAUUAAAAUAAAAAAUAUAUAUUUGUUAUCAAACUGUGAAUGCGUAAGCUGUAAAGUCCUGGGGUUGUCCAUGCACCUGAAUAACUCAUAUCAAUGAGAAAAAAUGUGGAAUUUUAUGAUUUUAUCAAUCACACCAACCAUUCAGCCUUGUAGUAUUAAAGGCUCCUUACUGCUGUGUAUAUUUUAGUGCAUACAUCAAUGUUCUAAUUGAAUGCAAUGGUAACAUGGUGCUUAGAAUCCAGACUGUGCUCUUUGAACAGGUGCACAAGACUAGUGUGAUUUCUCUAUGUACAAGAAUAGACGUAACAUUUUUUUGUGAAUUUAAAAGGAUAGAACACAGUUGCUGGUAAUGCCUUAUAAUAAUAGCAGAAUACCUGACACUAAAAGACAAUUGAAAAAUAAUAUUUUUCCCACUAUUUAAGUCUCUUUAAGUGUGCUGAAGUCCAAGGAUAUUGUAUUCUUUUUCAAAAAUACAAUCAGGCCUACAAACUCCUUAUCAGCAGUUUGGAAUAUACCAGCUUGAAGCUUCACAAGCUAAAUGCCUGAUUCCUGUUGUGAUUUGUGAAGGAUGUGCCUGUACUUUCCUCUGGUCCGAAGGGCACAUUAGCUGAAAAGCCAGUUUAAAUGAAAUCUUACCAUUAAUACUUUUGGUAACUGCUAUUAAAAUUGAACCAGCAUCUGUUUCUUGGAAUUUUAAAUCUUGAAACCAGUUACUGUAUAUGUAUUUGAUUGAGCUAACUUCUAUUCCAAGUAACCUGUAAUGAGUAAGUGGGAAAACUUUCAUAAUAUAAAAUCAGAGCUUCCUACCACAUAAACCUAGUCUCUAAAAUGUAUGGAAAUUAAAGCCAUAUUUUCCUCCAGAUUUCUGUUAAACACUUACCAUUUGUCAAUAUGGUAUAUUUUGUAAUUGAUUCCAAGUUUUUAUCAGUGUAAUUCUCCAUUAUGUGUUAGUUAAUCUGUGUGCUUAGCAACCUGAGUAUCCACUUAGAAGGAUCUAAGAUAGGCUGCCACCAUUUCCUUGAGAGUACAUCAGUACCAGUCUAAGGCAGCUAAUUAAACUGGAAAGUAUCUUGCCUAGACCUUCAGCAAGCUGUAGUCAGUGUCUGAUAGCUUUUUUUAAAAAAAAAUAUUUGUAGUUUAUUAGGGAAUAUUUUCAAAUAGAAUUUAUAUUUGUCAAUAUAUGAAGAAUAACAACCAUUAGCAGCUGCUUACUUUUCCCUGUGUCCACCUUAAGAGAGAAUAUGGCUUUAAAGAACAACAGGGGAGAAGUUCAACUUGCAUGUUUUCCAAUGUAAAAUAAGAUGCACAAAACCAAAACCAAAUUCUGCAUUGGCCUUUAUUUGAAUAAAACCUGUGAACUGUGGGUGCCAAUUGGAUGUCCUGAUCCAGAUUGCUUGUUGCUCAGGGGCAGAUGAAUUCCUAUCAGCUCCCGAGCAAGCUAGCGGGAAGAUCCUGUGAGCAUUUCUGCUUCUACUGAUCCUGCAGAAAUGCAGCUUUUAAAAACUUUUGUGUCCAUUUAUUGAGCAGUCUUCAGGGGUCCUUUUAAAGUCCAUUGGUUUGACUGUCUUCAGACCUGGUGCUAUGGGGCAAACUUGGUCUGGUGCGAAGUCACCAAUUUCUAGUUGAAUUUUGCAUUGGAGUCCAACAAGCAUAGUAAGAAUUCCACUUUUCAAAUGGAAAGUUGUCUAACAUCUAUUACAAAUGGGUGUCCUGGACAUUUAUAAGCUACCUACUUCCAAUACUUUGAUCCACUUGCUUCCAGGCUAGAUCAGCUCUGUAAUGUUGCUACCUAAAAUGUGCAGUCCCUGAAACUAUUUUAUAGCUAAAAACAGGAUAAAGCUAAAUUGAAUUUCUCCCCCGAUAUAUGUUUCAUGUGUUUAGAAGGUAACAAAACCAGAACAAGUUUCUUUAAUAAAAUUGUUGAAAAUUAGUAUGGUAUGUAGGUUAAAACUGAAUAAUGUAUUAAAAAUAUUUGACAAUGA